AUGAGCUGUCCAUUUCCACCAGAAACAUCAUCGGUUCCAUCUCCAUCAUCGCCUUAUUGCACUCUGAAGUCUUACAGAUCGAAAAGCUCCACAAAUUCUACAACGGAUACAAGUUAUGAUGAGGAAGUCUUUGUGACGAUAAAAUCAAAAUUCGGCAGUGAGUUCAGACGGGUCUCUCUCAAAGUCAGCGAUCGAACCACUUUCCCGACAUGCUCAGAAUUCACCGAGUUGAUCUUUCUUCUGCAUGGUUUGACCGAGGAGCAACGCAAAACAGUACAUAUUGCCUACACAACUGCCGAUGGAUCAAAUUUGCCUAUUUCGAACGAUGAAAAUCUCCGAAAAGCGGUAUUCGACUCACCGAAAGUAUUACGUCUACUUGUACAAAAUCGAGCCGAGUCUCUGGAGGAACGAUUCGGUUACGGACUCCGAAACUCGGUGAUGCGCAAAAAGCGGCAAAUCUCGAUUAGUAAUCCCCAAGAUUUCAGACGGGUUUCUUCUAUCAUCGACACGGACAUCUUGCCACCAGAAGUGAUCAGAGUGAGACUCUGCAAGUUCCACACCAAUCUUCCGCUUGGAUUCUUCAUUAGAGAUGGUCUGUCAGAACGGCUCACUAAUUGGGGACCCACACCGGUGCCGUCAAUUUUCAUCUCUCGACUGCUCCCUUCCGGUCUUGCCGCAUCCACAAAUCUUCUCCAUGAAGGCGACGAAAUUCUCGAAGUCAAUGGAAUUGAUGUUUACGGUAAAACCUUGGAUCAAGUGACGGACAUCAUGAUUGCGAACGCGACGAAUUUGGUGUUGACCGUUCGCCCGGCACACACUCUUGCACUAAAUACAAUGCCUCGUCUAGCCUAUGCACCUCCACCAUAUCCAUCUCAAUUCUCACCGAUGAGUCUUCCCGAAAAUUUGCCAAUGCCACCAAUUUAUUCACAAGCAUUUGAUUCUUCGCUUCGUUUUACAAAUCGUGGAAGUCCGAUCGGUUUUUGCAAUCCACGGGAAAUCUAUAGAAUGAGUGAUAAGUUCAGUCGAGCCUCGCUGAACACAGCUUCGACGAGUAGCGCGGGCAGCAGUGGCGUGAGAAGUGGUGGAUCAAUGGGUGAAACGAGAGGGAACGACUACUCGAGAUCGUUGAGACCAAAGAAUGCCCCGUUGACAACAAUUCACGAUUUACCGCAUCAUCUCCCUCCAACUCAACAUAUGCCACCACCAAUGCUUGGUCCGCAUCCAAUAGUGCCCGUCCGUCGGAUCCCUCGUCCCUUCUCGAUGCACACCGAUGGUUUUGUGCCUCAGCAUAAACAAGUGCCCAUCGAAGCCUAUCGUUAUUCGACUGUUUUUGAUCGUUUU